AUGGCAGUCGGCCAAACGCAGAUAAUAGCGCACCGUGCACCAGCACUGAAGUCAUUCAUUCAUUUGAAAUCAACUAGCGAACACACCAUGUCUGGAAGAGGCAAAGGCGGUAAGGGACUCGGAAAAGGAGGCGCCAAGCGUCACCGCAAAGUACUCCGCGAUAACAUCCAGGGAAUCACCAAACCCGCUAUCCGCCGUCUGGCUCGCCGCGGCGGCGUGAAGCGUAUUUCCGGUCUGAUCUACGAGGAGACCCGCGGUGUCCUGAAGGUGUUCCUGGAGAAUGUGAUCCGUGACGCAGUCACCUACACCGAGCACGCCAAGAGGAAGACCGUUACCGCCAUGGACGUGGUCUACGCUCUGAAACGUCAGGGACGCACCCUGUACGGUUUCGGCGGUUAAACGCACUCUCUUCGGAAUCUCAACAC